AUGCCUAAAUGUUGGGAAGGUCAUCGCUUGUGUCGCGAAUCAUGCAGGAAGCGACACCCGGAGUGCACCUACUGCGAAGCGCCUGCUGCGCUCCAAUCCCCUGUGCUGGUCUGCCGCCAGUGCUCGUGGUGGCUGGUCUGCUCCACUUGUGCGAAGCGCCCGCGGCUGCCGAAGAUCCGGUUGGAUCCUCUUUUCUUCGGCCCGAACACCCCUCGCUUGCUGCCCUCAACAACGACGCCCGACCAUCGGGCGACGGCUGGGAGCAUCAUCAUUUGCCCGGGUGGGAACUACCAGUUCUUGGUGCCUCACGAGGGACCGCCGGUUGCGGAGUAUUUCGCGCAGAAGGGCUUCCGCGCCUAUGUGCUUCGCUACCGGCUGCUGCCGAAGUACGACUUUGAAGACAUGCAGCAGGAUUUGGAGGUAGCUGCGCAGCUGCUGAGACAAACCUUUCGAGGCCCCGUGUGCGCUCUGGGCUUCAGCGCUGGGGGCCACUUGGUGGCCUCCGUGGGCCUUCGCACCUCCCAAGCGACACGGCCGUUGGAAGCGCAGGCUUUGGUGUAUCCAUGCAUCGACGGUCGUGACUGGGCAGAUGAAGACACCUGUGGAUUUUGGGGAGAUGACUUCGACGAGUGCUUUCGCAAGGCAGGGAAGACCCAGCAGUGUGGUGCUGUGGCAUGUGUGGAUGGAUGACGGCGAACAUUCAAAAAAGAUGAUGCUUGGAGCAAUAGCAGGAUGUUGCCUGCACUGCUUGGCACCUUCAAACAGUGUUUUAAUUGGGUUCUGUGCUUGUUUGUUGCACUGGUUGGUUUGACCCAUAAAAUCUUGAGAGCUGGAGGGUAGCAUACGUCGUGUUUGAGAUGCAGCGUGCACCACUCAAACAAGGAGACAUCUCUAUAUAAUACUUAUAUCAUAAUUUGAGGAUACCAAUUUUUGUCCGGUUAAUCUCCUUGAAGUAUUUGCUUACGCUCCCACUCAUAGGGAAGUGGUUGGCAUGGCAAUCUGACAGACUAUGUUCCUCUACAAACAAGGGUUUGUCCACCGGUCACCAUGUGAUGUGUUUGUGGGAGUGGGAGAUGAGCUCCACAGAUGUCCAUUUGGAUCUCAAAGUUGGCUUGCUCGACCGGACAGGCGAGUUUUGUGUACGCCACCUACACAACUGCAAUCAACUAGCUAGAGGAGCCAUCACCGGUCAUUUUUCGUUGACAGCACCCCGCCCAGUGCACCAAGAGUUAUUGGUGGCGCGCACACACACACACACACCACCACCAAAAGUGGGUUGAUUGGUACAUUUGAGGUUUUCAAUGAUUUCAAUGGGGUUUCAUGCAGCAGGGGCCGAUUGCUUGUGACAUUUUGUGACCGGCCGAUUGCUGCAACUUCUGGGAAGGUUCCAGCAACUGAGUUUCAGAGGGUCCUCAGUGGUUUGGGAAGGCUAACAGUUGCUACCGAGAAGCCAAAUGAGGAGACAUUCGACAUUCAUUGGCCAAAACACUUUCCUUUGGUCAAAGAUUUGAUGAGCUACUUCAUGUUGAGGCCACCAUUGUUUAGCCAAGUCUCAUGUUCAUUCCCUUUCAGGACUACAUGGUAAUAUGUGACCAUUCUGCAUUGCCCGCGCCUAACCAGAAAGUAAGCCGCAACUCGUUGUCAUAGCAGCGCAGCCAAGUGACACUUAGUCAACACUUAGUGUCUCAGUGAGUGAGAGAAAAACUCCUUUGGAACUGAGACAACUCCUUCUGGAC